GCAGGGCCACCAUCCACCACAAUACCCCCGCUAUUAGAGAAUAUGGACCACACAAGCAGAAAGUCAACUGGAACGCAAGGCCACAAUGUACCGGAAGUUGGGCCGGGAAAGUUAGAAAGCCCUUGGAACGCAAAACCGGAAAUGGAGUGGAAUACAAAGGAGGCUGCUUCCGGUCCGUGGAGAGGCGUGUGUGAGGGGCUGCCCGGGCUCUGUUUGUUUUCGCUGCCGGUAAACCUCCAUUUUACAGGAUGCCAUCCUGUAUCGUUAAAGGAUGUUCCUUCAGCUGGAAGAAGAAGGAUCCCACCAUCACCAUCCAUGCCUUUCCAAGGAGCAAGGAGAUGAUCAAGGCCUGGCUAAUGCAGACAGGUCAAGAUUUCGGGGACAUUGAUGCAUUCACAGAUAAAGUAUUUGAAGGAAAGAAGACAGACGCAUUUCGCAUUUGCUCUCAGCAUUUUACCCCAGAUUCUUAUACUAAUGAGGGAAUGAGGAAGAGCCUGAAGAAGGACGCCCUCCCAACAGUGUUUAACUGCAUUGUGCAGGCGACCACUACAGUAAAGAAGAUACAGAAAAAAAAAGAACGUCCUCCUCGCCCCAAGAGUGCCAAGAAGAUCCGAAGUCGAAUGACUCAGAGGAUAUUAAAUAUCACCUUGGAGAUCAUCUACCUGUUAACCGGAGAGGAUUACACUGUUGUAAAGUCUCGUAAGCGUGCUAAAAUGAGGGAAUUGGGAAAAUUGGAUUUGUCCCAAACCCCAACAAAAAUGACGCCACCUGCUCCCUCCCACAGCAAUGAGGAAAACAAUGAUCGCAGGAUUCUAGAACUUGCCUACAAGAUCAUCCAGCUGCUGAAUGGAGAGGAGGGAGACUAUUUAGAAGGACAUCAUGACUUUUACGCAGACAUGUUGAAUAAUGAGCAGUCAUUCAGAUCUCAUGAGAUAUCUGAGCGGGACCUUGUUAUAUAUACGUCUGACAGCAAGGAGGAGUCUAUGCUUUAUGAGGAAGGAGCAUUCAUGGACACCUCCAUUUAUACUCCCGGUGGCCAUCAGCCAUAUAUGUCUGCACAUGAUCCUGAUGAAUCCAUCUCACCAGAAGACGAAGGGGAUCUGACAGACACUGACAUUACAUGUACUCUUGUUAAGGAGGAGCCAGAAUCCUGUGAUGAGGAAAAUCUGUCAGACUCUGAUGGCUGGACAUACACAGAUUCAUCCUCCCAUGUUAACGAAGGCAAAGGCAACACAUCAGGUAGGGGUGCUUCUGAACCUUCUGGUCAUAAAGAGCAAGAUUCGUCUGAUGCUGAGGAGCAAACAUCAAAUCAGCUACUAAAACAAUCUGCUGAUGAAUCCAUCUCGCCUAAGGACAAACAUCUAAAUACUAAAUCUAGUGAGGAACAGUCUGGAAAAGGUGAUAUGGGGAAAAAAAAGGCUCAUGCAAAAGAAAAAGUUCACUGUGAAGAAGAUGACAUUGAGUACACAAUAGUUCAUAUUAAAGAUAACUCGAGCUCUGAAGAAGACCUAUCUUCCAGUGAAGAGUUCAAGGAUGACGACAUGCAGGAAGACGAUAUUGUAUCAGUAAAUCUCACCCAUCAAGGUGGAACUGUAAAUAAUGUGAACUGCUCUCCGGAGGAUUCGAUGAAGACCUAUCAAUGCGUCGGAUGUCAGAAGCACUUUACUGCCAAGGCAGAUCUUCAGACACAUCAGACAAUCCAUAAAACGUUCCAAAAGAGCAUUUGUCCCGAAUGUGGGAAAACUUUCCUGUGCACUUCAGCUCUCAUCACACACCGGCAGAGUCACACAGGAGAGAAGCCGUUCUCAUGUACUGUUUGCGGCAAAUUGUUCGGACAGCAGUCACAGCUUAAGACACACGAGCGAAUACAUACAGAUGAGAAACCUUUCUCGUGUUCGGUCUGCGGCAAAUGUUUUAGGUGUAGGUCCCACCUUAUAUCACAUGCAAGAAUUCACAAGGAAGAAACCGUUUCUGUUGUCUAAAAAAGUUGGCUGGGGUUUACAGAUUUAACUCCACCUGCAUUUUAUGUUUGAACACUACAUGUUCUAGAUCAUGCAGUGGUUAAGGUCCUGCCAGUGUUGGUCUAGCAAUCACCGUUAGUGGUGGUUAUCUGUGACAGGUAGUGUGGUUGUCACUUCCCCUCCACCACAGAGAAAGAGAGGAGAUCUUAAAGAGUUGUCCACGAAGGCUAGAAACCUGAAUAUCUUAUGUUGGAUUACUCUUUAAUACACAUAUCAUGUUUGAGAUAUUUCCGUAGCUAUAUAAUAAGCUUAUUUUAACAGAAUAUUUGAAAAUAGAUACGUUUUAACAACUUUUUUUUAGUGACAAUUCACAUUGAAAUUGUAUUAGAGUAGCACCAACCAAAACUGAAAAUUCAGAGUUAUUCACAGUGCUCCACUUUAAUUGUUAGACUUAGGAUACAUCCACACGACUGUGAUGCCGCCAUGCUUGUGUUGCGGUCUGCAAACUGCGGGUCCGCAAAACACGGGCACAGGCCAUGUGAAUGUCGCAUCCCGGUGCAGACCCAUUGCCUUCAAUGGGCCCACAAUCCUCAAGAUACGGUGAAAGAUGGGACAUGUCCUAUCUUUUGUGACGUAGAGGCACGGACCCGGAAGCCUACAGUUCCCAUCUUUCAUGUAUUUUGCGGAUCGUGGACCAAUUGAAGGCAAUGAGUCCGCGCCGUGAUACAGCGUUACCACAGCCAGUGCCCUUGUUUUACAGACCCACGGUUUGCGGUCCACAAAAUUUGUGCGGUGGCAGCGUGGUCAUGUGAAUGUACCCUUACCCCUUGGGGUCCAGACCAGGAACUGGGAGAACUGAGGUGCUUUUUCCAUGGCCUUAUUCAAGACGAAUGGAGUUAAACGAAUUGCCCCCUGUUCUUUAGGACACAUAGGGGAAAAUUUAUUUUCUAGCUUGACAUUUACCUCUUCUGUUCUGUGGAUUGGCAUUACAAUGAUUCAAGCAUUCACUACACUCUAUAGAGGAAAUAAAGUAAAUUAGCUCUUUACGCACUGACUUCCUUGUGGUGUGCACACAACGACCAAUAUGAAGAAGCAGAGCUGCAAUGUAGAGUAUGGAGGAGGGGCAGAGACUAGUAGAGAUCAGCAGCCUGACAAAUAAAGACAAAGGUUUCUGACUGUCAUAGGCUGUGACAAAGAUCAGUCUCUGAUCAUAGAUGUGUCAUAAUCUGCCAGUGCUGAAGAAAAUAAAUGGCAAGUAGGCAUUACCCAAAGACCACAUCUGACCCCAGUUUUCAUGGUUUGUUUCAUUGCCUUCCAGUGUCUGAAGUAUAUGACCGGAAUGAGAUGGGAUAUUGUAGAUAACAAGUUAAAAAAAUCAGUCUGUCUCUUUGAAUCUCGUCAGCUGGCGACUCAUGUGUAACACUUAUCUCUGACAUCCUGACCUCAUAAACACUCUCUUUAUAGCUCAAUUCUUGAUCACCUCAAACUGAUGAGAAUAUGGCUUAAAUAAGUGUUUGUUAGGUCAGAGUUAAGAGGUAAAUAUGAGCCGUCAGCUGAGGGGAUUCAAAUGAACGGCUGAACAUUUUUAAUAAAGACCAAUUAAAAGUGAAA